AUGUCAACAGGCUCGACUGCAAGUGAUCCUGAGGACGACGAGAUAUUCGAUGGAGGUGUCUCUGCAAACAUGGGGAAAAUUACCCGCCUCAGUACCAGGCGGUAUUUGGACAGCGAUCUGGAAGAUGAGGGUGUGGAGAGGAGGAUCCAGCAGGACCACAGCAGGCUCUCCAAGGCACACCAGAAGGAGUCAAAGCAGUCUCAGAGGAAUGCUGCCAACGCUCGGGAGAGGGCGAGGAUGAGAGUGCUGAGCAAAGCUUUCUCCAGACUGAAAACAAGCCUACCCUGGGUUCCCGCAGACACCAAAUUGUCAAAACUGGACACGCUGCGUCUCGCAUCCAGCUACAUUUGUCACCUCAGACAGAUCCUGCAGGAGGACCGGCUGGAGGACAGCUUUGCACAUCCAGUCAGUCUGACAUGGCCCUUUAUGUCGACAGGAAGAUCAGAGGAGGACAUCUCAUCCGCUGUAAGACUUUGUGGCGCUACAGCGUAGUCCGUCUCUUUUCAUUAAGCAGCUCACCUAAAAAGCACCUCCAGAACUGACUUUGAGAUUUGCUUUCAUGUUCAACUGUCUGCAUAUUAUGGUUUUGUAGUUAAACAACUCUUGACUAGGAAC